UGUGUGUCUGUGUGUGACGAACACGGCCACUACUGCGAUUCGAGUAGCCAAAUGAAUUUGGCACGUUUGGGACCAAUAUCAGUCACACGAAAUCGAUUCGACACUACCCCAAAAAUAUUACAUAGCACAGUCGAAAAUCAAAAAGAUGACCAUUGCCUGUAAACUGUGGUUAUUGGCCGUGGUGUGUGUAGCGUUCUUAUACCAGGAUGGUCCCCAAGGCAACGGCGUGUUAUGCGUAAAAAAGGCCGCCCAUUUAGACGAAGAUAAUUCGUCUGGAGCUGGAUCGUCUGAUGAAGAUAAAGCUGAUCAUGAUUCCGACAACCAAAGUGGUGGUGAUUCCAAUGGUGAGGGUGAUUCGGAUGGCGACGGUGAAGGAAACAACAAUGAAGAUUCCACUGAUGAAGAUGAUGAUGAUGAUGGCGACAAUAAAGAACAUUCCAAACAUGAAACUAAUAAACAAUCUGGUAAAGGCAAGAAUCACCACCGUCACCACGAUGACGAUGAUGACGAUGACGGAGAAGAUGGAGAAGACGGAGAAGAUGAAAAAGAUGAAGAUGAUGAAGGUCUCGACGAAGAUGAUGAUAAAGAGCACCACAAGAAUAUCAAAAAUAAGAAAAAUAAUGACGAUGAAAUAGGGGAAAUGAAAAUAUUUACGACCACCACCAUCACAGGAAAACCAAAGGAUAUCCUAAAAUUCCUCGACGCAGGCGUGAAGCCAUAUAAACCAGCUGCUCUGGAUUUUAAAAAAAAAUCAAAUGCUAAACUUUUAAAAAAAAUUGAAAACAUCACUAAAAGUAAUAAAUCAAGCAAGGGCAAAAAAGAUCCAAACGAAGAUUUGACGAAUUACAUGAGUAACAUUAUAAAGGAGAGUUCAAAAAAAAAAAAAUCUAAGGAAACAGAUCCAGAUAAAAUAUUAAUGGCUCUCGUGAAGAAUGUUUUGUUAAAGUUAUUGAAAGAUAUGUAGUUUGAAGCCCGUGACAAGUCUAUCAGUGUACUUUACCACAAGAAUGUGUUGGAAAUCGUAUUUGUGUACACGACUGCAGCUGUAAUUAAAAAUAAUUAUAUCCGUGCAAAAUGUUUAAAUAUAUCGUUAUAAGAACAAUAUGUUUUUCCAAGA